AUGCAUUUAUUUGAAUUUCAUAUCUAUCUAUCUAUCUAUCUAUCUAUGCAUUUAUUUGAAUUUCACAUCUAUCUAUCUAUGCAUUUAUUUGAAUUUCAUAUCUAUCUAUCUAUCUAUCUAUGCAUUUAUUUGAAUUUCAUAUUAUCUAUCUAUCUAUCUAUCUAUCUAUCUAUCUAUCUAUCUAUGCAUUUAUUUGAAUUUCACAUCUAUCUAUCUAUCUAUCUAUCUAUGCAUUUAUUUGCAUUUUAUAUCUAUUCAUGCAUUUAUUUGAAUUUCAUAUAUGUCUAUCUAUCUAUUCAUCUAUUCUCAUAUCUAUUAUAUCUGCAUACUUUCUAUAUAUUUUCUUUUCUAUCUGCAUUCCAUCAUUCUAUCUACCUCUCUACUUACAUUCUAUCUAUCUAUCUAUCUAUCUAUCUAUCUAUCUAUCUAUCUAUCUAUCUAUCUAUCUAUCUAUCACUUUGCAUUAUUUCUAUAUAUACACUUUUAAAUUUAACCUUUAUUUUAAAACAUAUUGACCUCUUAAUAUUCAACAAUUACUAUCUCCUGGUUAUCUAUCUAUCUAUCUAUCUAUCUAUCUAUCUAUCUAUCUAUCUAUCUUGA